UUUAUAUAUUUUUAUUCUGUAUUUCAAAGAAAAAAAAAUGUAUUGUUGCUGAAGGUUGUUCCCACAGCCAGUCAGGGAGGGGAAGGCAGAGCAGAGGAGACUCAACACCAAAACACCAGCAGAACCAAAGAGAGGAAACCCAUUUCAGGGACAGACCAAGUGAGAAGAUGGAAGUAUGAAUUUGGCAACCACUGAAUGAGGGAGUAAUUGCAUGUUGCCAUGACAACCAGCCGUUGCAGUCACCUGCCUGAGGUUCUUCCAGACUGCACCAACUUGGUUCCUCCAGUAAAAACAGUGGAAGAUUCUGCCGGCAGUGUGAAUGGGCAGCCGCAGUAUGUGAUGCAAGUUUCAGCCAAAGACGGGCAGCUGUUGUCGACAACGGUAGUUAGGACGCUCAACACCCACAGCACAAUCAAUGACCGUCCUAUAUGCAGGAUCUGCCAUGAAGGCAGCAGUCAGGAAGAUCUGCUUUCCCCUUGUGAAUGUACAGGAACCCUCGGGACUAUUCAUAGAAGCUGCCUGGAGCACUGGCUUUCUUCCUCGAACACCAGUUACUGUGAACUCUGCCACUUCAAGUUUUCAGUCGAGCGCAAACCUAGACCAUUAAUAGAGUGGUUAAGGAAUCCAGGCCCCCAACAUGAAAAGCGAACUUUGUUCGGAGACAUGGUGUGCUUCCUGUUUAUAACCCCUCUAGCCACAAUCUCUGGGUGGCUGUGUUUGCGAGGUGCAGUGGAUCACUUGCAUUUCAGCAGCCGGCUGGAGGCUGUCGGGCUCAUUGCAUUAACAGUUGCACUCUUCACUAUUUACCUCUUUUGGACUCUAGUUUCAUUUCGUUAUCACUGUCGACUAUACAACGAGUGGCGUCGGACCAAUCAGAGAGUCGUAUUGCUGCUCCCAAAGUCUUUGGGUGUGCCAUCCACUCAGCAGUCCCUUCUCCAGCCUGUGAAAAGGAACUCAAAAGAGACAAUUGUGUGACAACUGGCAAUCUUGCCAGACUUCAGGAUUGAGAAUUCUGCAACAAAGAGUUCUAUCCAAAGAUAGUUUAAUUCUGUACGCUAUCUUGUUCAAGGAAGAUAGCCUGAGUAUUUACAGUAGAGUGACGCAUUGGAUUUUAAACAAUUUGGUAAUUGUCGGUUCUUAUAAAAUUGUGUAUUCUUCAUUGUUACAGUUACACUGUAGUGUUUGCCCAACAAUGCAUUGGCAGAUUUCAACUGUACUUAGUCAUAAUAAUGCUCUUUACACAUGUGACUGAUAACAUUGUCUUGAUAUAUUCUGUUUUUCUUGCCCUGAUAGAUCAGGUCAUAUACUCAGUCUAAACCAUGUACUUUUUUACAUAUUGGUAGGAUGUGACUGAGCACUUUCACACUUCUGAUUAAUAGCUUGGUAAGUUUGGACAGUUUUGUUCCAAUUUUCCUGCUGAUGCAACCAAUUAUCUCCAUUUCUUCAGUUGUCUUUGAAAAGCUGAUGAUGUUUUUUUUAAUCAUUAUAAGGAUACUAACAUUUGAUAUUUCCACAAAUCAAAAUGCUAUCGUAUAGGCGGGGUCAGUGUGAUCAGUUUCUCAGUAGCACUUUUUAACCCCUGUGUUAAUCAUGUUACUGCUAUGUAGUAAUGCAAUCAAUUCCUUUGUGUAUUCCAUCAGAAUUGAUCGAGACAGCUUUUCCAGUUUGAUACAAAAAGGCCAUUUGAGUAUACCUUUAACGUUGGUGUGUGUGUGUGUGUGUGUACAUUAUAUAUAAAAAAAACUAAUGUGAUUUUUCCAAUCUGUCUUAAUCUGCUACAAAGCAUGUUUGAAUCAUAACAACAACAACUUGCAUUUACAUAGCGCCCUUCAAGCGGGGUAGAGUAUCAGAGCACUUCAUAGUGGCGGAGUCUAACACAAGCCAGGGGGGGAGGGAGUGGGUAGGUGGUCGCAAGUAUGAUCAAAAAGGAAAGUCUUUAGGUGGGAUUUGAAGGUGGAUAGUUUAUGACGUGUGUUUUUCUAUCCAAAGACACACAUCAUAUUCAGAGCCUGGCUAUAAAAGUUUCCAUGACUAAUGCACCAAAUCUAAAAUGAAGUAGACAAUGGGGUAUGAUUUGCAGUUUACUUAACAAUUCCUGUCAAUCCACAGGAACCCUGCACCAGAACAACAUUGUUUUGGAGUAGAGUUUCCACUAUCAGUGGGACGUACUUCCGCUUAUCAGAAGGAGCCCCCGUUUGCUGACUGAUUGCAUUAAUACUACAAAUUGGCCUCAGAUGUUUGUAUGUUUUAAUUUUAUGUUUUAUUUUAUCUUGAAUUGGAGCUACAGUAUAUCUUAAAUCAUUAUACCAGUGCUCUAAUCUCAAAAUGUGCUUGAGUUCUUAAUUGUGUGCAGCUUGUGAUUGGCACUUUUAUGAAAAUAGUUAAAUAUCUAAUUCUUUAGUGUGUAUAAUCAGAGGUCUGAAACCUCAAACAGGUUUGACGCCUAAAUGGAAUAUUUUUUUUCUCUCUCCCGAGGUUAAUCAUGUGAAUGUAUUGGAAGCUCGAAUGCUGUUCUAUGGACUGCUUAACUGUGCUUUUUAAGGCACGUGUAAACUACAAGUUAUAAAUUGGUCAACUUUAUCUUUGUGGGUUGGAACCAAUUGCAGAUACACUUGGAGGAAGAUUCACAUUUAUCGUGUAAAUCUGUUUCCAGAAUUGUGUAGUAAAUCAUGUAUCUUCCAUUACUUGAAGUGUGUUUUCCCCCAAAGUAACCAGGUGGAACUGCUUAACUUUUCAGUUAAUGUUUAGUUUGAUGUGUUGCUUUUCUGUUAUAAAAGGUAAAAUUUUGAUAGUGCAUUUAGAAAUGUCGUCUAGACACAAAAUUCUUACUAAUCUGAACAAAUUGCAUCAUAAGUGAAGUAUAUAUGCAACAUUUUAAUAUGGGGCCAAUGGCAAUAGAGGGAAGGGGGAUAUUGUGCCACUCUAAACAGAAGUGUUGGCUCUUAACACUCUAAAUUUCUACCUCCAGGAAAGUUUAUGUAGAUGCAAAAAUCACCCAUAUUGUGCCAUUUUCAUUAAUUCCUGAAUAUUACAUUUCCAGAUCUACAUGUAAUGUGAGCAGUGAUUUUAUUAUAUUUGUAAAAUCCCAGGAAUCAGAAUUUGGGAGAAAAUGAAAUAACGCAUUUGUUUUCUGAAAACUGAGGCCAGUGUGGUAUUCAAUUAUGCCUGUGGUCAUGACUUCAUUGUUGUUCUGUUAGUCUGGCAACCAGUGAAGCACAACAACACUUGGAUUUUCUCUUUCCUCUUGGUCGUUCACUUGUACAAUAUGAUUAAUAUAUUUACAGAUUUUUUUUGUAUUAACCAAGAACAUUUAUUGAAAGGAGAAAUAAAACUU